UGUGAUAGGUCUAUGUACGCAGUGGUUGAGUUUAUUGAUGAGGGCUCUGUUGCUGUCGUUCCUAAGACCUGGCUUACUGAUGACAAGAAAAAGUGCAAAUGGCCGAUGUGGACAAAAUUAACCAUGCUGUUAAACAGUCUAUGGAGCCUACACCUUCUUUCAUGUGUCUUUCCAUCCGAGUGUUGUAUGAAUCUGACGAUUAUGAAAAGGCUAGAAAAAGGCUCUCAAGAGCAGAAGUUACAUCAAACUUAGAGAGUGACCAGGCGGAUGAAGAAACAGACGCAGUCCCGAAAAGAAAGAAAAGACCUAAUCCAAGAUAUGAUUCCCUUUCCUCUGAAAGCGAGGGGGAGAAUGAAUGCAAUAUAAGCCAGGACAAAACUUCAGGUAGCCUUCGAAGAUCACCAAGAAAAUCAAAGAAACAAUUUCCAGACCCCCCACCACUCCCUGCUCUUCCUUCACUUGCAUCACCAGCUCGAAAAUCAGCACCCUCAACCCCGUCGGCUAAAGCAACAUCAAGUACGAUAUCAUCACCAACUUCAUCUAAAGCUGCACUGGAUUCAACUCCAAAUCAACAAAUUACAGCAACGAACAUCAAAAUCCUCACUAUUUUAGAAGAUAUAAAGGGACAAGUCCGAUUCAAUACGAAAUUACUACAGAAUGUCUUGGCAAAGGUUGAGGUUACUGGAACCACUACUACUACGGAGGAUGAGGUAGAUCUGGGAAUUGAAUUUCCCUUGAAAACCCUAGAGGCAUUGGACUCUUUAAAGGAACAAUUGAAGUGCCAAGAAACCGCCAAAAUAAUGCUUGGAAAACUGAUGUGCAUUGGUGGUGACAAUAUCCAAACCUGUGUUCGGAGAGUAUUAUCAUUUUUGAUGGCAACAACUUUGGCAAUGCAAUUGAAUUGGAGUGGGAAAGGGAAUAAAAGAGGGCUCUCCAGUCUAAAAUUAAAAGACAUAAUUAUAAACAAUGCCAUCUAUGUCCCUCUCAGACCCAUUGGAGACGAUUCAUCAGAGUUGGUGCUGAAUCACAUAGAAAAUGUGCUGACGAGCCACGAAGAUCUCCCCCUCGAUCACAGUUUAUACAUAGAUGUCGGAACGAUACAAGUUCCUUCGGGAGGCAAAGGCAAUGAAAUACAUGCUAUUACGGGUCCUGAUAGCUCCAUCCGCUCAAAGAGAUCAAUUGUAGAGAUAAUCAACGAUGACUACACGUGUAUGGCGCGUGCCACAGUCAUGGGGUUUUGUCGCAGCAAACCAAGUUUCUACAGAGGUAUGGAGGCAAUUGAUAAAGGAUAA